GGCAGGGUGCCACGAAGAAUGCACGGUGACAGACCCCCGUCUCCCCAGAAAACAUGACAUCAAACAACAAUCACAAUUGACUUGCUGUUCGGGUGAGCAGCUGCUGGGUAGUGGCAACGACGUUGAAAUCUCAGUCAGGCAAUUCCUGCUUUUACGAUCCAACGGGGAAGUGAAACCAGCUCUUCGUUAACCAUGAAAGGCAAUGGCAGCAUACUGGUGCUGCUAUUGGUAGCCGGGAUGCUGCCAACGAUGCUGGGACUUCCGGUUGUGACACAGCCACCAAAGCCCGCCGAAAAGGAGCAAAAACACGAGGACAGCAACGUGGAACGCAUGGAGAACAUUAUCGAGUACAAUAAGUAUCUCCAGGAGGUUGUAAACGUGCUGGAAAGCGAUCCUGUGUUUGCUGAAAAACUGCAGAAGGCGGCAGAGUCCGACAUUCGGUCCGGUGUGAUCGCGCAAGAGCUCGAGUACGUUGGGCACCACGUGCGGUCGCGGCUGGACGAGCUGAAGCGCAUGGAGCUGCAGCGGCUGAAGGAGCUAGCGACGAAGCAGUUCGAGCUGACGAACGAGAUCGAUCGGGACCAUUUGAAGAUUAGCGAGCACGUGGACCACUCGAACCCGCACACGUUCGAGAUAGACGAUCUGAAGAAGCUGAUCCUGAAGACAUCGCAGGACCUGCAGGAGAACGAUCGCCGCCGGCGGGAAGAGUUCAAGCAGUACGAGCUGCAGAAGGAGUUCGAGAAGCAGGAGAAGCUGCGCGCACUGGACGAGCAGCACCGGAAGGAGUACGAGGAGGAGCUGAAGCGCCAGCAGGCCAAGCACGACAACCACGAGAAGAUACACCAUCCCGGCAACAAGGCGCAGCUGGAGGAGGUGUGGGAAAAGCAGGACCACAUGGAUGGGCAGGAUUUCGAUCCGAAAACGUUCUUCAUGCUGCACGAUCUGGACGGCAAUAACAUGUGGGACGAGAACGAGGUGAAGGUGCUGUUCAUUAACGAGCUGAACAAGAUGUACCAGGCCGGGGCGCCCGAGGACGACAUGAAGGAGCGGGCGGAAGAGAUGGAGCGUAUGCGAGAGCACGUGUUCAAGGAGGCGGACACGAACAAGGACGGGCUGAUCAGCUACGAGGAGUUUAUCGAGCAGACGAAGCGCGACGAGUUCCAGAAGGAUCCGGGCUGGGACACUGUCGACCAUGAGCCCCAGUUUACGCACGAAGAGUAUCUGGAGUUUGAGCGCCGACGGCAGGAGGAGAUUCAGCGGCUCGUUGCGGAGGGCAAGCUGCCGCCGCAUCCCAAUAUGCCGCAGGGUUACCAUCCGGACGCGAAUGGAGCCUAUCAGGUGCAUCCGAACGCAAUUCCGCAGCACCAGGUCCCGCACUACCAGCAACAACAGCAGCAUCAACAACAGCAAUACCAUCAGCAGCAGCAGCAUUAUCAGCAACAGCAACAGCACCAUCAGCAGGGACCUCCCCCGCCAGGGUACAAUAAUCAUGGCCAGCAAAUAAACGUUCAUCCCAAUCAGAUCUACGACAACGUGCAACCGCAUCAGGUCCAUCCUAAUCCAACCUACACCGGUCAGCAGUCUACUGUAUACACAGGACAACAGGCGGCACCACAGCACCAACAGGCUCAACCUGCCCCAGCACAACAGCAGCAGUACCAGCAACAACAACAACAUCCUGGACAGCAGCCACAUCAACAGCAACAACAAGCCCAAUAUCCUCAGCAGCCGCAACAGCAACAGCAGCCACAACAGCAACAACAACAGUAUCAGUCGAAUCAGAUCCCACAAAAUCCACAAUAUCAGCAACAGCACGCUAACAACAAUGCACAGCCAAACCAGAAGCCUCCUUCCCAUCAGCAACAGGCAGCCCCAGCACAACAGCAGCAGCCACCACAGCAGCAACAUACCGGAAACGUUGCAUCUUCCCCACAACAGCAGCCACAGCCACAGCAGCAGCAACCACCUGCAGCACCGGCACAGCCAUCCGUUGUACAGGUGAAACACUAGAACGACUCUUCCUUGAAGCGACAAGCGUUGGAUGGAUAAACUGCAGCCAAACGAAAGCAUGAAACAGCCGAAUCAAACUGAAUCAACAACACACGACAAAUGACGCGCCAAUGAUGAAACAACAUUCUCGUUUUAGCGUUCCGAAGCUUCCACACAUAACCAAUAACAAAGCGAGAACACUCCGUUUGAA